UCGAUUAUUUUGCUGAUUGGCGACUCUCUGACCCACCUGUCAGUACUAACAAUCCAAAAAUGGCUCAGCUAACUUCAGUGCGAUGGACAGCCUUGUUAGAUGCAGCUUAUGAUGCCGAAAAACCGUAUCUACAAGCACUCCUAGAUAGUGCAACCAAAGGGGAACAGGAGGCAGAGAAGGGGAGGAAGGAGACAUUGUUGAAAAGGCAGGUGGCCAUCCUAGAGACUUUUCCCUCACCGAUUGAAGAGCAGUGUGGGGAACAGUUGCAGUCUAUACUCACCGCCCUUGUUCAAGUCCAGAAUCUUGAAGAUCAUACCACUCAAAUCGCUAAAGUCUUCGCCAAGUUGCGAACACUUCAGGAUGACUUGACUGAUAUGACCCGCAAGUACCAUGAACUGACAAAGGAGGUGGCUGAGCUGCGAGAAGCCCAAGUGGCCAAUCCUCUUCCUCUACCCCCCGGACCUGAAGCUGCAAUUGAAACUACCUGUGCCUCUCUUACUGUAUCUUCUUCCUUGAAUGUGAUGGCAACCCCCUCGGGAUCUGCAACAGGUGCAGAUUCCGCUGUUGUUGUGACAAGCAACGAGGCUGGAAAUUCUGCAACUGCUGCAGCCCCAAGAUUGGAACCAGCGGGUGCUGGUCCCAGCCGCGUCAGUCGCUAUGUGGACCGAAAGGCGGUUCAAAUACCAUCUAAGUAUGACGGCAAAGAAGACAGAGUCCUGGAUCAGCUCCAUGAGGGCAUAUUUCGAGGUUCUGGGACCCAACCUGAGACCCAGUCCGUGAUCAUGGGAAUGAACGUCGAACCUGUUGUGCGGGGCUUCUUAGAGGUCCAAGCUACACGAGCUGGGAUUCCUAAAAUUGAACUAACCAGAUGGCUUAAGGCCACCCCGGUUGCCUCCCUCGAGGAACUCCUCAGUUCGCACUACUUGGAUCCACAUGCUGCAGCAAGGGCAAGAAUUCAGCUUGACAAAAUCAAGCACAGCAAGUGGGCGGGCUCCAUGAAAAGCUUGCAGACCUAUCUUAGCAAGAUGUUCGCUACACCCGGAUUGGAACUGACUGCUCAAUCUUACUUGGAUGAGGUCAAAGGCGCGGUUCCCACCAACUUUACUAAUCGCCUGGGCAGGGACUUCAUUGGUUACACUGACUGGUUCACCUUGAUGAAGGACAUAGUCGGUGGGUGCAAGGUCUUCUCCAAGAUCGAUCUCAAGUCUGGCUACCACCCGAUUGAAGUCGAUCCUGCGGACCAGCACAAGACUAUGUUCAAAACACGCGAUGGGCUUUACGAGUUUACCGUAAUGCCCUUCGGUCUCACGAACGCACCGGCCACCUUCCAAAGCCUCAUGGACAAAGUCCUCCGCGGACAGAUUGGCCGGUUCGUGGUGGUCUACCUCGAUGACAUUCUAAUCUUCAGCAAGUUCAUGGAGGAACACCUUAAGCACCUUGAGGAAGUACUGACCAUCCUCAAGAAGACGCAACUCCAUGUCAACUUAGAGAAAUCUGAGUUUGGGAAGGAUAGUGUCAUCUAUCUUGGGCACUGGUUGUCUGCUGCAGGCCUAAAGCCUGAAGCUACCAAGGUGGAGGUCAUACGCAACUGGCCUCAACCCGUGAACAUUCGCAAACUGUGUUAUUUUCUUGGUCUCGCGUCAUACUAUCGGAAGUUUGUGCCCCGCUUCUCCAUUGUUGCUCGUCCAACUAACAAAAGUACAUUCUGGGUGAGCGAUAGGGAUCCGCGCUUCAUUAGUACUGAGUGGAAGGACUUCACGUCUCAAUUGGGGAUCAAGCUGUGUAUGACAUCUGGCCGACACCUCGAAGCCAACGGUUUGGCUGAGGAGAUCAACAAGACUGUGUUUCAACUUCUUCGCGCUUUGAUUAUCCCGGAUCAGGAAACAUGGGAUGAAGAGUUGUAUUCCGUUAAGGGGUUAUACAAUAACUCCGUCCACUCCGCCACUGGCAUGACACCCAACAGGCUGCAUUACGGUUGGCAGAUCCGGAAUCCGCUCUCUUACCUAUUCCCUGAGCAGCCAGCUGGUUUAACACCCGGCAAACCUCGCUUCAGAGCCAAGUAUGAUCGCUUGCUCAAAGUUGCCAUUGCAGCUAUGACCAAGCGACAACAUGCCAUUAUCCAUCAUGCGAACAAGAAGCGUCGACCGUCGGAUAUUCAGGUAGGAAGCUAUGUCUGGGUCAAGAUGUCUGAAUUCUUAGAAGAAGAGGGAGUCUCACGCAAGCUUCUCCCUCUCUAUUAUGGGCCCUGGGAAGUUUUGGAUGUGAUUGGUGAAGAUUACUUAGGCCCUUCGUACAUCGUUGAUGUGCCAGCCCAUCUGCGCACAUACCCAGUGUUCCACUCAUCCAAACUGUACCUCCACUGUGAUGCUAAGACAUUCGAUUAUUGCGAAGAUAUGAUCCCUCGCGCAAUCAAAGGCGGGCAUGAGAUAGACAGAAUCAAACAACACGUAGGGAAGGGACGCAACAGACCGUACCAGGUUCACUUCAUGUAUCACCCAGUAGACGAUCUGUACUGGAUUUCCAAACAAGAAAUGCUACGCAGUGCACCGCGUGUUGUCAAAGCAUACGAGCGACAAAUCGCCACUAACGCUGUACCUAAGAUCUUUGCAAGGCUCACUGCAACAAAGUACUCUGGGAAUCUUUUUGCCUUGGUCGCUUACGAUGCGUUUGUCGAGGACUCAGAUGAAAACGGUGGCCAUGGGUCAAAGUCUACAAGUCGUCGCCCCUGGCGGCGAAGUGGAUGCAUGGAGCAGUGGAAUUCUUCUACGGCUCGAUUGUUGAAAAACAAACCUUUGAACAAGAAGAUCGCGAUAUGUGAGGCGCGAGACUCAGGAGAGAAGACGAAAGGAGGAGAAGGGGUGGGUGAUGGGCAAAUGGAGAUGAACAAGGGGGAUGACGACGAGGAUGGAAAGGUUGUGAUUUAUGGGGGAGGAGGGGGGGAAGAAAGGGGUUGGGAUGGGAGACAACAGCCGACAAAGAAGGAGAAUGGGGGUAGAAAGUAAGGAAGGGGGGUGGGAGUACAAGUUGGAUACAAUGCAAGGGCAGAGUACGAAAACAAAGCAAGGGACAACGA